UGCCGCCAGUGCUGACCAAACAGCUAACGAUCGUAAGGGACACCAGCACCAGCAGUAACUCCGUAACUGUGUCUUGUGGGCCGAUUGUCUCAUUAGGGGAUCCUCCAGUCAGCAUUGUGUUCAAGGAUGGAAGUGGCAAUGUUCUCUAUUCGGUCAACAGUAUAAGCUUUGGCUAUGCCAAGAUGACGCAUACAG